UGCAGUCGAUUUUUGGAUUAAUCAGUGUGACAUCUACCCGAGAAGUAAUCAUGAAGUACCUAGCUCUGACCCUCUUCGUGUGCCUGAUGGCCUUUGUCCUGGUAUCUGCAGUGCCCGUGGAUGAGUCCCUGAUUGGAGAUAAUAUCUACCAACCAGCCUUCGACGAUGUCCAGCGUCCCCAGGAUCCUCAGGCAAUCUUCAAGCUGAAGAAGCUGCUCAAGCUGAAGAAGCUUCUGGGCUAGGAGGCGUAGCUCACACCCUUUGCCGGUGCCAUCCGCCCGAUAAGCUCAGCUCAGAUUCUAGUCCAACCAAUUGGGAACCUUGCCUCCCCCACAGCAUUCAAUAUCAGCCAAUUCAGCCUUUUUGUCAGAAAACCUAGAUAAUACCAUCCAUAAUCACACACAGCACGCAUCCAUACAUACGAAUGAAGCCCACGUAAUCGUAACCUAAAAUAAAUGUAAUUUUCAUACAACAAAAA